AUUCUAAAUUGAUAUAUAUUUAAUUUUCAAGAUACUAAUUCUUAUAUUAUAACUUUAAUAACAUAUUUUCAUGAUUUUAUUAUAAUAAUUUUAUUUAUAAUCAUAAUUUUUAUUAUUUAUAUCAUAUUAUGAUUUUUUUUAAAUAAAUUCAUUAAUCGGCAGAUUAUACAUAAUCAAUUAUUAGAAUUAAUUUGAACUUUAAUUCCAAUAUUAAUUUUAGUUUUUAUAGCUAUUCCUUCAUUAAAAAUUUUAUAUAUAGUAGAAGAAAUUAUUAAUCCUUUUAUAACUUUAAAUAUUUUGGGACAUCAAUGAUAUUGAAGGUAUGAAUAUGUUGAUUUUAAAAAUUUAUUAUUUGAUUCUUUUAUAAUUCAAGAUAAUUUUAUUGAUUUAGGAAAUUAUCGGUUAUUAGAAGUUGAUAAUCAUUUAAUUAUUCCUUAUAAUAUAAAUAUUCGAUUUUUAGUUUCUUCUGUAGAUGUAAUUCAUUCAUGAGCUAUUUCUUCUUUGGGUAUUAAAGUAGAUGCUACUCCUGGGCGAGUAAAUCAAAUUAUAAGAAAUUUAAAUCGUGUAGGUAUUUUUUAUGGACAAUGUUCUGAAAUUUGUGGUUUAAAUCAUAGAUUUAUACCUAUUGUCUUAGAAAGAACUAAUUUAUUAUUUUUUUUCAAUUGAGUAAAAAAUUUUGAAUAA